AUGAUGUCCUAUUUGAAGCAGCCGCCCUACACGGUGAACGGACUGAGUUUAUCUACCUCAGGAGUGGACCUGCUGCACCCUUCAGUGGGAUAUCAAGGUAGUAAAUCUCACGGAACACCUCGCAAACAGAGGAGAGAGAGGACGACCUUCACCCGGGCCCAGCUCGACCUGCUGGAGAGUCUGUUCGGCAAGACUCGAUAUCCUGACAUCUUCAUGAGAGAGGAGGUGGCCUUAAAGAUCAACCUGCCUGAAUCCAGAGUGCAGGUAUGGUUUAAAAACAGACGAGCUAAACAUCGCCAGCAGGCCCAGCAAACCCAAAGUGGAGUGCAGAGCAAAGCUGUCAGCAAGCCGGUGAAAAAGAAAGGCUCUCCGGUCCGAGAGGCCAGCUCAGAGAGCGGAGCCAGCGGACAGUUCACGCCGCCCUCGAGCGCCUCACUCCCAGCUGUGAGCAGCAGCGCGGCGCCGGUCUCUAUUUGGAGCCCGGCCUCCAUCUCCCCGCUCUCCGACCCGCUGUCUACCUCCUCCUCCUGCAUGCAGCGCUCUUACCCCAUGACCUACACCCAGGCGUCGGGCUACAACCAGGGCUACACGGGCUCCUCGUCCUACUUCACCGGGAUGGACUGCGGCUCCUACCUUUCGCCUAUGCACCACCAGCUAUCCGCCGCGGGCUCCGCCAUGAGCCCCAUGGGCACCAACGGGGUAUCCAGCCACCUGAGCCCCGCGUCCUCCCUCUCCUCGUCGGCGUACGGAGCAGCGGGGCUGGGCUUCAGUGGCGCUGCAGACUGCCUGGACUAUAAGGACCAAACAGCUUCCUCAUGGAAGCUCAAUUUCAACGCGGAUUGUUUGGAUUACAAAGACCAAGCAGCGUGGAAAUUUCAAGUGUUGUGA